AGGCUUGAGGGGUGUGGCCUGCUCUGCUCUGGCAGUUGAUGAGACCUCUCGAGGGUAACACAACUAAAUCCUGAUAAUGGCGAAUGUGACCAAGAAAUCCGCAUCCAAAAUGGAUCUUUCGGCUUUUUCGAUGAAUACUCAAGCAGUGUCAAAGCCUGUCACACCGAUAAAGACCAAGCGGCCUACAAACUUUAUCCCCCAAGCAUUCUUAAUGGAACGGGCCUAAAGACGAACAAACGUGGGAAACGUGCCCUGAAAAGGAGUUCCACCAAGAAGGAUGUUAAAGAAUUAACUCCACCCAAUGCAAAGAAAGGCAAAGAUUCACCACCAAUGGAAGAGCCAUGGCCUCUAGAGGUGCAACCUGUGCAGUCUGCUGAAGAUCAACGUGAAAAGCCUGCUAAGGAUCGACCCACUACCUGUGAAGCAAGCACCAUGACGGAUGCUGAAGAAGUAACUCCACCUUUGCUGAAGAGAGGCAAAGAUUCACCACCGAUGGUCGAGCAACCAACAAAGUCUGUUAAGGAUCAACCCACUACCUGUGAAGCAAGCACCAUGACGGAUGCUGAAGAAGUAACUCCACCUUUGCUGAAGAGAGGCAAAGAUUCACCACCGAUGGUCGAGCAACCAGCAAAGCCUGUUAAGGAUCGACCCACUACCUGUGAAGCAAGCACCAUGACGGAUGCUGAAGAAGUAACUCCACCUUUGCUGAAGAGAGGCAAAGAUUCACCACCGAUGGUCGAGCAACCAGCAAAGCCUGUUAAGGAUCAACCCACUACUUGUGAAGCAAGCACCAUUACUGAUGCUGAAGAAGUAACUCCACUGUUGCUGAAGAGAGGCAAAGAUUCAGUAUUGAUGGAGGAGCCAAAGCCUCUGGCAGAGCAACCUGCAAAUCCUGCCAAGGAUCAACGUGAAAAGCCUGCUGAGGAUCAACCCACUACUUCUGAAGCAAGUUCCAUGACUGAUGUUGAAGAAGUAACUCCACCCUUGCUGAAGAAAGGCAAAGAUUCAUCACCAAUGGAGGAACCACAGCCUCUGGCAGAGCAACCAGCAAAGCUUGCUGAGGAUCGACCCACUACCUGUGAAGCAAGCUCCAUUAUUGAUGCUGAAGAAGCAACUCUACCCAUGCAAGAUUCACCACUGGUGGAGGAGCCACAGCCUCUCAUGGAGCAACCUGCAAAACCUGCUGAAAAUCAACUCACUACCGCUGAAGCAAGCACCAUGACUCUCGAGGUGGAUAGCAAUAGAUGGCUAUCUUGAAGAUGGGAAAUUCCCUUUCCCAUAAACAAUUAAAUUCAAAAUUAU